AUGUAAAAAAAGAGUCCUUUAGUUAAUUAUCUAUCCAAUCGAAAUAUUAAAUGCUAUCUACAUAACGAACCUGUAAGUUUUUUAGACCUUUCAAAAGUAUGUUAAGAUAGAUCAAGAUUAAAAUGUGAGUAUUGCAAAUAAAAUCAAUACUGUGUUACAAUUCAAUAAUUCAAUAAUCUUUGUGAACAAUUCUCUAAGAUUACUAAGAAUGAUAACGAUUAGAUUAUGAAGGCUUAUUAGGAAAUAUAUUAAAGUAUUUAAACAACAAUUAAUUAAAUGAAUGAUUAAAUUUAGAAGACAAUAUUUAAACCAAAAUAUGAUAAAAAUUUGAUUAAGUACCUAGAAUCAUACAUACAAAUUAUCUAUUCAUAUAACUACAAAGUAAAUAUUUUUUCAAAUAUAGUAUGCUGCGUAUAAUUCAAUUAAAGAUAUUGGGCUUUAAGAAUUUGAGUUUUUAACAUAAGGUAUUUCAGAAGAGGUUGAUUUUCAAGGAUUAGAUAAUUAAAUAACUAUGAAAAUUUAAGCUAUUGAUGAUUAGAAAUAAGCUGAAUCAAAUUAAUAUUUAGAUUUAGUAAUGUAAUUAAAUUAAAUGAUAAGUAAUUUUGUUGUUUAAAAUAAAUUGUCUAAUUCUUAAAUAUAGAAUAAUAUUUAAAAAAUUGAAGAGAUUGACCAGGCUAAACUGAUUAAAAAUAGUGAUAUCUAAAUAUUUAAUUAAGAGGGACAAAUAUUAGGUUCCAGUUCCAAAUUACCAAUAGCUGAUAUUUAAUUAAAUUUUGAUUAAACUAUACUUGCUGCAAGAUUAUGUGAACCAUGUAAAGAAAUAUUGUUUUGGAAAAAAGAUAGUAUUUAAAAUACUUGGAUUAAAUAUCAAAUCUGUGAAUGUUAUACAAAAUCUUUAGUUUAUUUUACAUUCAGUAAAUUAUAAAACAUUCUAUUAACAAGUGGAUCAGAUUAAAAUAAANUAAAUAUGUGA